AUCACCUCCACCACCGCCUCCGCCACCACCACCACCGUCUCCACCUCCGCCUCCAUCACCACCUCCUCCACCACCACCUCCACCACCGCCACCGCCUCCACCACCACCGUCUCCACCACCACCGCCUCCACCACCUCCUCCACCUCCUCCACCACCGCCACCGUCACCACCUCCGCCUCCAUCGCCACCACCGCCACCGUCACCACCUCCGCCUCCAUUGCCACCACCACCACCAUCACCACCUGCGCCUCCAUCGCCUCCUCCUCCACCACCACCUCCACCACCGCCUCCACCUCCUCCACCACCGUCUCCACCACCACCGCCUCCACCACCUCCUCCACCACCGCCACCGUCACCACCUCCGCCUCCAUUGCCACCACCACCACCGUCACCACCUCCGCCUCCAUCACCACCUCCUCCACCACCACCUCCACCACCACCUCCACCACCGCCUCCGCCUCCACCACCACCGCCUCCACCUCCUCCAUCACCACCUCCAUCUCCAUUGCCUCCACCGCCUCCACCAUUUCCGGAGCAGUUCACGUGUGGCAGCAGCCAGUGGACAUCAAAAUCUGCGGGACAGCCAUUAGGAAGCCAUCCUCCAUCUCCACCGCCACCUCCACCGCCACCUCCACCGCCACCUCCACCGCCACCUCCACCGCCACCUCCACCGCCACCUUCACCGCCACCUCCACCGCCUCCUCCACCACCGCCGCCAUCACCACCUCCACCUCCGUCUCCACCACCGCCCCCACCACCACCUCCACCACCUCCUCCACCACCGCCGCCACCUCCACCACCACCUCCGUCUCCACCACCACCACCUUCACCACCUCCUCCACCCCCUCCGCCUCCUCCGCCACCACCGCCAUCACCGCCAUCACCACCUCCACCUCCAUCUCCACCACCGCCUCCAUUGCCACCUCCGCCUCCGUCGCCACCACCGCCUCCGUCUCCACCACCGCCUCCACCACCGCCUCCACCACCACCUCCACCACCUCCUCCACCACCGCCUCCACCUCCACCACCACCUCCGUCUCCACCACCACCACCAUCACCACCUCCACCUCCAUCUCCACCACCACCUCCAUUGCCACCACCGCCUCCACCACCUCCUCCACCACCACCUCCACCACCACCUCCACCACCUCCUCCACCAACACCUCCAUCUCCUCCACCGCCUCCAUCUCCUCCACCGCCUCCAUCUCCUCCACCGCCUCCAUCUCCUCCACCGCCUCCAUCUCCUCCACCGCCUCCAUCUCCUCCACCGCCUCCAUUGCCACCACCUCCUCCACCUCCUCCACCUCCUCCACCUCCUCCACCUCCUCCACCUCCUCCACCUCCUCCGCCUCCUUCACCUCCACCACCACCAUUUCCGGAGCAGUUCACGUGUGGCAACAGCCAGUGGACUUCAAAAUCUGCGGGACAGCCAUUAGGAAGCCAUCCUCCACCUCCACCACCACCUCCACCGCCACCGCCACCUCCACCACCACCUCCACCGCCUCCUCCACCGCCACCUCCACCGCCACCUCCACCUCCUCCUCCACCUCCACCAUCACCACCUCCACCUCCAUCUCCACCACCCCCUCCACCCCCUCCAUCUCCUCCACCGCCUCCAUUUCCACCACCGCCACCGUCACCAUCUCCGCCUCCAUUGCCACCACCACCGCCUUCACCACCUCCUCCACCUCCUCCACCGCCGCCUCCGUCUCCACCACCGCCUUCACCACCACCUCCACCACCUCCUCCACCACCUCCACCACCGCCUCCACUUCCACCACCACCGCCUUCAUCACCUCCUCCGCCCCCUCCACCUCCAUCUCCACCACCGCCUCCAUUGCCACCUCCGCCUCCGUCGCCACCACCGCCUCCAUUUCCGCCAUCCCCACCGUCACCACCACCGCCUCCAUCUCCACCUCCGCCUACGUCUCCACCACCGCCUCCACCACCACCUCCACCACCUCCUCCACCACCGCCUCCACCUCCACCACCGCCUCCGUCGCCACCACCGCCUCCGUUUCCACCACCGCCACCGUCACCACCACCGCCUCCGUCUCCGCCACCGCCUCCACCACCACCUCCACCACCGCCUCCAUCGCCACCACCGCCUCCGUUUCCACCACCGCCACCGUCACCACCACCGCCUCCAUCUCCACCUCCGCCUCCGUCUCCACCACCGCCUCCGUCUCCACCACCACCACCGCCACCUCCGCCGCCUCCUCCACCUCCUCCACCUCCUCCACCUCCACCACCACCAUUUCCGGAGCAGUUCACGUGUGGCAACAGCCAGUGGACUUCAAAAUCUGCGGGACAGCCAUUAGGAAGCCAUCCUCCAUCUCCACCGCCACCUCCACCGCCACCUCCACCGCCACCUCCACCGCCACCUCCACCACCACCUCCACCGCCACCGCCACCUCCACCACCACCACCUCCACCACCUCCUCCACCGCCACCUCCACCGCCACCUCCACCGCCACCUCCACCGCCACCUCCACCGCCACCUCCACCGCCACCUCCACCACCCCCUCCAUCUCCUCCACCGCCUCCAUUGCCACCACCGCCACCGUCACCACCUCCGCCUCCAUUGCCACCACCACCGCCAUCACCACCUCCUCCACCUCCUCCACCGCCGCCGCCAUCACCACCCCCUCCACCUCCUCCGCCACCACCGCCAUCACCACCUCCACCUCCAUCUCCACCUCCGCCUCCGUCUCCACCACCGCCUCCGUUUCCACCACCGCCUCCGUUUCCACCUCCGUCUCCGUCGCCACCACCACCUCCGUUUCCACCACCGCCACCGUCACCACCACCGCCUCCAUCUCCACCACCGCCUCCACCACCGCCUCCACCACCUCCUCCACCACCGCCUCCACCUCCACCACCACCUCCGUCUCCACCACCGCCUCCAUCACCACCUCCGCCACCACCGCCAUCGCCGCCAUCUCCACCACCGCCUCCAUUGCCACCUUCGCCUCCGUCACCACCACCACCUCCGUUUCCACCACCGCCACCGUCACCACCGCCGCCUCCAUCUCCACCUCCGCCUCCGUCUCCACCACCGCCUCCACCUCCAUCACCACCUCCAUCUCCACCACCACCGCCUUCACCACCUCCUCCACCUCCACCUCCGCCGCCGCCAUCACCACCUCCUCCGCCUCCUCCGCCACCACCACCAUCACCACCUCCACCUCCAUCACCGCCUCCAUUGCCACCACCGCCUCCAUCGCCACCUCCGCCUCCAUUUCCACCACCACCACCUCCGCCACCUCCUCCACCUCCUCCGCCUCCUUCACCUCCACCUCCGCCAUUUCCCCAGUGGACGUUGAAAUCUGCGGGGCAGCCAUUGGGAAGCCAACCUCCACCUCCUUCUCCACCACCUCCCCCAUCUCCACCUCCUCCGCCUCCUCCACCACCGCCGCCAUCACCACCCCCUCCGCCUCCUCCACCACCACCGCCAUCACCACCUCCAUCUCCACCACCGCCUCCAUUGCCACCACCACCACUGCCACCACCUCCGCCUCCAUUGCCACCACCGCCACCGUCACCACCUCCACCUCCAUCGCCACCACCGCCUCCGUCACCACCUCCACCUCCAUUGCCUCCAUUACCACCGUCACCGCCUCCACCUCCACCACCGCCUCCGCCUCCACCACCACCACCUCCGCCUCCACCACCGCCGCCUUCUCCACCUCCUCCACCUCCUCCAUUGCCGCCGCCAUCACCACCCCCUCCGCCUCCUCCACCACCACCGCCAUCACCACCUCCACCUCCAUCUCCACCACCACCUCCAUCGCCACUACCGCCACCAUCACCACCUCCGCCUCCAUUGCCACCACCGCCACCGUCACCACCUCCGCCUCCAUUGCCACCACCGCCACCGUCACCACCUCCACCUCCAUCGCCGCCUCCUCCACCACCACCUCCACCACCACCUCCACCACCACCUCCACCACCACCUCCACCACCACCUCCACCACCACCUCCACCACCACCUCCACCACCACCUCCACCACCACCUCCACCACCACCUCCACCACCACCUCCACCACCACCUCCACCACCACCGCCUUCACCACCUCCUCCACCUCCUUCACCACCACCGCCAUCACCACCUCCACCUCCAUCUCCACCACCGCCUCCAUUGCCACCACCGCCACCGUCACCACCUCCGCCUCCAUCACCACCUCCUCCACCACCACCACCUCCACCGCCACUACCUUCUCCACAGUAGAAGAAACGGGAGCAGUUUGCAUGUGGUAUAAGCCAGUGGACGACGAAAUUUGCGGGGCAGCCGUUAGGAAGCCAGUCCCCUCCACCUUCAACGUUGCCUCCUUCGUUUCCACUAUCGCCGCUUCCGCCAUUACUACCGUCUCCUCCGCCGCCUCCAUUACCACCUCCGCUUCCAUCAGCUCCAUCACCCCCAACACCUCCACCACCUCCACCAUCACCACCUCCUCCUCCUCCCCCUCCUCCCCCUCCUCCUCCACCCCCACCUCCUCCACCCCCACCUCCUCCACCCCCACCUCCUCCUCCACCGCCACCGCCACCUCCUCCCCCACCGCCACCGCCACCUCCUUCCCCACCGCCACCUCCUCCGCCUCCUUCUCCACCGAAACCAUCUCCACCAGCGUUCCCACCUCCUCCACUAACACUACCAUUUCCAUCGCCACUGCCAUUUCCAUUAUCACCUGUAUCACCACUUCCACCUCCUCCACCACCUCCACCACCACCCCCACCACCUCCUCCACCGCCUCCUCCACCACCUCCUCCUCCUCCACCUCCUCCUCCACCUCCUCCUCCUCCGCCACCUCCUCCUCCACCACCUCCUCCUCCAUCACCACCACCUCCACCACCCCCUUCGCCACCUCCAUUACCAUCUCCGCUACCACUUUCAUCACCAGCAUUGCCGCCACCAGAUCCACUUUGACAACCGGCAUUCGAGGGCCAGUCACAUACCUAUGA